AUGCAUUUCAACGCUGUUCUCGUUGGCCUCGCUGCCCUUGUCUCGCUCUCCUUUGCCCAGGACCAGGCCAACUGCUACACGAUCGAGAACUGGGGCUCCAAGAUUCACGACUGCGGACAGUGUGACGAGGGCUACAAGUUCUCAUAUACGCAGAGCUUUUGUGACAUUGGCUUCCAGUGCUGCAAGGGCGUAUGCUGCCGCUAG